GCCAUCCGGGCCGAGAAGAGCCGCGGCGGCUCCUCCCGCCAGUCCAUCCAGAAGUACGUGAAGAGCCACUACAAGGUGGGCGAGCAUGCUGACGCCCAGGUCAAGCUCUCCAUCAAGCGGCUCCUCGCCACUGGCGUCCUCAAGCAAACCAAAGGGGUCGGCGCCUCCGGCUCCUUCCGCCUGGCCAAAGGCGACAAACCCAAGAAAAAAACAGCCCGGAAGAGCAAGAAGACCGUCAGGAAAGCCGGAACACCCAGGAGAGCAGCCAGACCCAAGAAAGCCAAGUCGCCAGGAAAGAAGCCCAAAGCUGCCACCAGGAAGGCUGGAAAAAAGCGGAGGGCGACUCCAAAGAAAGCCAAGAAGCCAAAGACUGUUAAAACCAAGUCACUGAAGCCAUCAAAGCCCAAAAAGGCAAGGCGGUCGAAACUCAAAGCAAAGUCCAGCGCCAAGAAAUCACCCAAGAAAUGAAGUCUGGAGGCUCAUCUCUGGACUCUCCUCCUCUAUUUCUGUAAAUAGUUUUUGGCUUUAUUUUUACCUCUUUCUAUUGCAAUUUAUAAAUAAUUCAUCUAUUCCUGCCUGGAAAUAGCUAAAAUAAUGCAAUUACUGAAAGAAAAAAGGAAUCUCUUGGGUAUGGAGGGUUCCUAUU